AUGAAAGAAUUUCAUUUGCUUCUCUUCUAUGGAAGUUCCAUUUUUCCAGAAUGUAUCCUGAUUUUCGACCUAUUCCUUCUUCUAGUGAUCGACUUCAUUUCUGAUCAAAAAAAGACAACUUGGUUUUAUUUCAUCUCUUUAACCAGUUUAGUGCUAAGCACAACCUUUUUGCUAUUUCAAUGGAGAGAAGAACCUACAAUCAGUUUUUUUGGUAAUUUCCAAACAAACAAUUUUAAUAAAAUAUUUCGGUUUCUAAUUUUAUUAUGUUCCACUUUAUGUAUUCCUCUAUCCGUGGAAUACAUUCAAUGUACAGAAAUGGCUGUAACAGAGUUUUUUCUAUUCAUAUUAACAGCUACCCUAGGAGGAAUGUUUUUAUGUGGUGCUAAUGAUUUAACAACUAUCUUCGUAUCUUUAGAAUGUUUAAGUCUAUGUUCUUAUCUAUUAUCUGGAUAUACCAAAAGAGAUGUACGAUCUAAUGAGGCUAUUAUGAAAUAUUUACUUAUGGGUGGAACAAGUUCUUCCAUUCUUGCUUAUGGUCUUUCUUGGCUAUAUGGUCUAUCUGGAGGAGAGAUUGAACUUCAAGAAAUAGCCAAUGGUCUUAUAAAUACACAAAUGUAUAACUCUCCAAGAAUUUGGAUUGCACUUCUAUCUAUAACGGUAGGAAUUGCAUUCAAGCUUUCCCUAGUUCCUUUUCAUCAAUGGACCCCCGAUGUAUAUGAAGGCUCCCCCACUCCAGUCGUUGCUUUUAUUUCUGUUAUUUCAAAAGUAGCUGCUUCAACUUUAGCCACUAGAAUUUUUUAUAUUAUUUUUUAUUUCUCAUUGAACGAAUGGCAUCUUCUUUUGGAAAUAUUAGCUAUUCUUAGCAUGAUAUUAGGAAAUUUAAUUGCUAUUACUCAAACAAGCAUAAAACAUAUGCUUGCAUAUUCAUCGAUAGGUCAAAUUGGAUAUAUCCUUAUUGGAAUAAUUGAUAGAGACUCAAAUAAUGGAUAUGCAAGUAUGAUAACUUAUAUGCUGCUCUAUAUUUUUAUGAAUUUAGGAACUUUUGCUUGUAUUGUAUUAUUCAGUCUACAUACAGGAACAAAUAACAUUCAGGAUUACGUAGGAUUAUAUAUGAAAGACCCUUUUUCAGCUUUGUCUUUAUCUUUAUGUCAGCUAUCUCUAGGAGGUAUUCCUCCAUUAGCAAGUUUUUUUGGAAAACUUUAUCUAUUCUGGUGUGGAUGGCAAGCAGGUUCCUAUUUAUUAGUUUCGAUAGGGCUCUUUAUGAGUUUUAUUUCAAUAUAUUAUUAUCUGAAAAUAAUUAAGUUAUUAAUGACUGAAAGAAACAAAGAAAUAACUCCCUACAUGCAAAAUUAUAGAUUAUCUUCUUCAAUCUCAAAAAAUUCUAUCGAAUUUAGUAUGAUUGUAUGUGUAAUGGCAUCUACUUUAUUGGGAAUAGUAAUGAAUCCAAUUGUUGCAAUUGCCCAAGAUACAUUAUUUUAG